AUGCCGAAUAACUCACAAGCCACCAAUGUGAAGACUCCCAAAUUACGCACAAAGACAUUCACGGGCUGCUGGACCUGCCGGGCCCGCAGGGUCAAGUGCGAUGACGAGCGGCCCCAUUGUCGUCGCUGUCGCCGAAGCGGCUGGCAGUGUCAGGGGUAUGGCGUGCGUCUGGGAUGGUCUCAAACACCGGGGACUCGAUCCCAACGGCGGCAAAUAUGGCAGUCUGCUCCACAAUCGGCGCACGAUUUAUCCUCGGCGGCUGUGACGGCCCUCUUAGCAGAGCUGGAUGAAUGGUCUGGUGAUGGCUCGUCGCAGCAACGUGGGCCUUUCACGGUGUUCUCCACGUCUAGCCCUAAAUCGGAUGAACCAGUAUCUACGGAAGCUACGGACAGAAAUAGUUCGAAUCCAUCGCCGUCGCAUACUACGGAGAGUUCAGACGAUGCUAUUGAUCGAUGCAUUUCCAUCCCGGUCAUGCCGACUCAGUCGACUAGUUGCAGUGAAUCCAGCUCUGAGAAAUGGCCCUCGCCCAUGCCGUCCGAUUCUCCCAGUUCAAGUGACAACGAUCGGGCGGAGGGGGUUUCGCUAGCCGAUUGCCAAAAUUCUCGCGUGGACCAUCCUCUUGAUGAGAGUCAAUCCAAAGACCUUGUAUCGAUACCAUCAUUAUCGAGGAACAUACAUCUUUCGAUGGCCAUCAAUCCUGUACAACUCCCGAGGUCCGAAACAGAACUUGUUCACCACUGGGUGGUCUUUCUAAGUGGCAACAUGCUGUUGAUCGAUACUCCCGAUAACCCCUGCAGGACGAUCUUCAUGCCUAUGGCCCUCAAAGGCCUUGAUGCAGCACCAAAUGAGUCCAAUAUUCAUCUCUCUAUAUUCCACGCUAUAUGUGCCUCCUCCGCCUUCAGCCUUUUCCACCUGCGCCGAGAUCCCCGGUAUCAAUCUGUGGCCAUGUACCAUGACCAACUGGCUUUGCGUCAUUUGCGCCAGAACCUGCAACGAGCUAAACGGCUAGACGAGCCCACAUUAGCUGCUGUCCUGACUUGCAUUACCGCCGAAGCAAUGUCCGGACGGAGGAGUCGAUGGAGAACUCAUGUUGCUGGUGGACUUGGUCUGUUAGAGAACGAGGUCCAUGGAGGCUGGGUCCCGGGACCGAUUGCUUCUCGUCUGCUACAGAGCUAUCUGUCACUUUCCUCGCUUUGCAGUCUACCCCUAUCGACACAGCUGAUGUCGUUAUUGAAUGGGUCACCGGAUCUACGGCACUAUUUGGAACGAUCUCACGGUAUCACCGCACCCCUGGUCCAAUUCCUCGCACAUAUCACUUUCCUCGCGGAAUCAUACCACGAAAUAUCCACAGCCGAGCUGGAUCAUCUCGAGUUACAACUUUAUCUCAACUUCCCGUCCCUGUCGACACCCGAUGCCCCCGGGUCAAUCAUUAUCCAGCACGCGCUGAAUUCUUUCUACUAUGCCACUAUCAUCUACUUCCGUCGAACACUGCGUCAUGCGCCACUCUGUGAGAUCCAAGAUCUCGUCGAGAAAGCUGUUCAAGAGCUAGAGGCUGUUGACUCAUUGAGUAACGACAAAGGAGGCUGUGCCUAUAACUGGGCCAGCUUUGUAGUCGCUGCCGAAUGUCAACGGGAAGAUCUCCGUGCUCGCAUGCUGGCCUCAUUCGAUCGCAAGAUCCGCCAUGGCAUUCAAAAUAUCAAUAUCCUUGGCGAGAUCGUUCAAGAGCUUUGGCAGAGACGUGGGAAGAACCCGGAUAAGGAUAUCAACUGGCAAGAGAUUGCGAAAGAGGCGGACUUUGAUAUUAUGCUCGUAUAG